UUUACCCCGAGAAGUUUCAAGCGUUCAAUUCGCAAUGCUGCUAACAAUCGCCCUGCUGGGCGUGGUUCUGGCCUUGGUUUACAAUUUCUACCACAACAUCUACACCUAUUGGGCACGGAAGGGAGUGCCCUACGAACCUCCACUUCCGGUGAUCGGGAACAUGAAGGGAAUCGGUUCCAAGUUCCAUUUCCGGGACAUCAACCAGAGAAUCUACGAUCAGUUCAAGGGAAUGGAUCCAUUUGCUGGAAUGUUUUUGUUCUUCAGGCGCGUUGCUAUGAUCAUCGACUUGGAUCUCAUCAAGCAAGUGCUGAUCAAGGACUUCAACUACUUCCAGGACCGGGGUGCUUUCACUAACCCACGAGACGAUCCCUUGACGGGACAUCUCUUCGCCCUGGAAGGUGAGGAGUGGAAAUCAAUGCGGACAAAGUUGUCGCCAGUGUUUACAUCAGGCAAGAUCAAGCACAUGUCCGGUGUGAUCGUGGAGGUUAGCCACCACCUGGUCGAUACCAUGGAUAAGACGGUGAAAGCUGCCUCAGUGGACGAUGGGGAUGUGGAGAUCAAGGAACUGUGUGCUCGCUUUACAACGGAUGUGAUUGGAUCCUGCGCCUUUGGCCUAGAGUGCAACAGUCUCAAGGAUCCGAAUGCCGAAUUUCGGGCAAUGGGACGUGCCAUCUUUGAAAGACGUCGUCAUCCUCAAUUAAUUCAAGUUUUUCUUUUCACCAAUGCCAAGUUGGCCAGAACUCUGCGGAUGAAGGUGAUGCCCGAUGAUCUCACAGAGUUCUUUAUGUCCACUGUGAGAAAUACCGUCGAUUACAGGCAGAAGAAUAACAUAAAGCGAAACGAUUUCAUCGACCAAUUGAUCCAACUGAAGGCCGAGAACGAGGAGGCUGCUAGAAAGGGCAAGGGAAUCGACCUUUCACAUGGGUUGACCUUGGAGCAAAUGGCUGCCCAGGCCUUUGUGUUCUUUGUAGCUGGGUUCGAGACCUCCUCGAGUACGAUGUCCUUCUGUCUGUAUGAGCUAGCCCUGCAGCAGGAUAUCCAAGAUCGAGUUAGGGAAGAGAUUAAAAGUGUCCUCAGCAAGACCGAGGGAGGAGAGAUCACUUAUGACUCCGUAUCCGAAAUGACAUAUCUGGAACAGGUGUUGGCUGAAACCCUUCGCAAGCACCCCAUUGUUCCUCAUCUCAUAAGGGAGACCGACAGGAACUACAAGGUUCCCAACAUGGAUGUGGUCAUUGAGACGGGCACUCAACUGCUGAUUCCCGUUCACAGUAUUCACCAUGAUCCUGAGAUAUAUCCAGAGCCAGAGAAGUUCGAUCCGAGUCGUUUUGAGCCUGAGGAAGCGAAGGCCCGCCACCCGAUGGCCUAUCUGCCCUUCGGGGAUGGUCCUCGUAACUGUAUUGGCUUGAGGUUUGGAAAGAUCCAAUCGAAGAUUGGUCUGGCCGCUCUGCUUCAUAACUUCAAGUUUAGUGUUUCCAAGCGCACGGAAGUUCCCCUGAUUUUGAGUAACAAAUCUUUUACCCUUUCCACCCAAAAUGGCAUUCACCUGAAAGUGGAAAGAGUUUAAGGUUUUGUGUGAUGUGUUAAAUAUAAAAUUACUCUUUGUUUCUCUCUCUUAAUCUCUAUCUUUUUGGUAUGACUAUCUGCCCUUCGAAAAACUUUGUUUUACCGAUGUAAUAUAUCUAGA